AUGGCUACAUUCUUGAAAUCUACCCACAUCUCAACUGAUCAAGAAACCAUCUUCAACACAAAAUUCAAAUCUUCAAUCCCAAAACUCUCGUACCCUUCAUGGUAUUCACCAGAAACUGGAAUUUACCAUAGCAAACACCCUUCCGUCACCCUUCCUUCAGACCCUUUUCUUGAUGUUGUUUCCUUCAUCUUUUCACAUGAACACAGUGGUCAAACAGCCCUGAUUGAUUCUUCAUCAGGGUUUUCUCUAUCGUACUCGAAAAUCUUCCCUUUGGUGAAAUCCGUCGCCAGUGGAUUACACCAAAUGGGAGUAUCUCAAGGGGAUGUUGUUCUGAUUUCGCUUCCGAAUUCGAUUCACUUCCCCAUUGUUUUUCUUGGGAUUUUGUCCCUUGGAGCAAUUGUCACUGCUAUCAAUCCUUUGAGUAGUCUGUCAGAGGUUAAAAAACUAGUUCUAGAUUGUAAACCAUCUUUUGGCCUUUGCCUGCCUGAGAAAGUUGAUGAAUUGAGUGCAUUUGGAUUUCCUGUAAUUGGGGUGCCAAAUACUGAAUCUUUGAUGCCAAAUUCAAAGGUCUGUCGAAAUUCUGAUUUUUAUAAGCUGAUUUCCAGUGAUCCAAAAUUGGCUCCAAGGCCUAAAAUUAAUCAGCAAGAUACUGCAGCAAUAUUGUAUUCAUCAGGGACCACUGGUACUUGUAAAGGAACUAUCUUAACUCAUGGUAAUUUUAUAGCCAUGGUUGUUCUUUUUGUUAGAUUUGAGGCCUCCACUUACUGCGAUUUGCCUUCGGAGAAUGUAUAUUUGGCUACUUCGCCAAUGUUCCACAUUUAUGGACUUUCACUUUUUGUUAUGGGAUUGUUAUCACUGGGGACUACUAUUGUUGUUAUGAGAAAAUUUGAUGCUGAUCAAUUGGUUAGAGUGAUUGAUAAAUAUGGUGUUACUCAUUUUCCAACGGUUCCUCCUGUAUUGAUGAAAUUGACAAGUAGAGCAAAGGAUGCAUCUGACGGUAGUUUGAAGAGCUUAAGACAGGUUUCAUGUGGAGCUGCUCCUGUGAUUGCAAAAUGCAUUGAGGACUUUGUUCAGACGCUUCCUCAUGUAGAUUUUAUUCAGGGCUAUGGCAUGACUGAGUCAACUGCAGUGGGAACCCGCGGGUACAACACAGAAAACUUUUACAAGUACAGUUCUGUAGGACUUCUGGCUCCAAAUGCACAAGCUCGGGUGGUGAAUUGGACUACUGGUUGCUCCUUACCUCCUGGCAGCACUGGCGAGCUCUGGCUACGUUCCCCUGGCACGAUGAAAGGGUACUUGAACAAUGAUGAAGCGACCAAGUCUACAAUUGAGAAAGAUGGAUGGCUGCAUACAGGAGACAUUGUUUAUUUUGAUGAAGAUGGAUACUUGUAUGUUGUAGAUAGAUUGAAAGAAGUUAUCAAAUACAAAGGCUUCCAGAUUGCGCCAGCUGACCUUGAGUCUGUGUUGAUGUCUCAUCCAGAAAUUGUUGAUGCUGCUGUCACAGGGGCAAGGGAUGAAGAAGCUGGAGAGAUUCCAGUGGCAUUUGUAGUCAGGAAGGAAGGAAGUACACUUUCUGAAGCAGCUGUGAUAGAAUUCGUUGCAAAGCAGGUUACACCAUACAAGAAGAUCAGAAAGGUGAAUUUCAUAGCUUCAGUACCAAGAUCUGCAGCUGGAAAGAUUCUUAGGAGGACCUUAAGACCCUUGUUACUUUCCAGAGUUUAGUCCUUUUUCCAAAGUGUCAAUAGCUAGGCUGUAACCUUCAAGAAUGAAAUUUCAAUGGACUUUUCACAGGGACAUACUCCUUGGAAUGUCAUAAAAGUCAAUAGUUAGUUCAAGAAAUUUGUAGCUCCAUUCAUUGGAUUUUGGCGGUCAUUUCAUGUUAAUAGUUUUUCCCUCAUAGUGGAUCUUCUUAGAAGAUUACACUCUUCCCCCACUCCAUCUUAUAUGUGA